AUUGAUAAGGGAGUCCAGCGUUCGCAUACUAGUAGUGUAUUGCAUGUAAUGCGUCUGCGACCGCAAGUGUUACUAGUAUGUCCAACGACCACAUCCCAAGUGCAAAGUUAGCGUAAAUGCGUUGUUUUAGUGGGAAGAUGCCAGUUCCCGGUAGAUUGGUUCCCUGCACCUCCAUUUAACAUUCGUCUUCACAGCUUUGCAACAAUGUUUAACGGCAUCAUUGGCCGCCGAAUAACCGUCUCGAAUUCAAAAGCCAUUCAAACCUAUCGCCCACAAAAUCCACCUCCCACGAACCACUCUCUUUCAUCAUCACCUCCCACUAACAUUCACCAUGGCAUCCGUUCCUUCCCAAGACGAGGACGACAGAGACGAGAAGGUCGUGUUCAAGAUUGGCAGCGAAUCAUACGAGAGUGAUCAUGGUGUGGAACGUUACAGCGAUGAAGACGACAGCAGUGGCUGCUGCGACGACGAGGAAGCCAACGCCGUCGCGGCUUCGGGUCGCAUGAAGAGCAUGGGCGUCAUGAUGGGUGAUGAUUACGACGAAAGCAGCCGCGGCGAUAGCUGCUGUGUCCGUUAUUGGCUUUGUUGGAUUUGCUGCAGUUUCUUGGUCAUUACGAUGAUUGUGGGCUUUAUGGGAGCUGUGGAAUACCAAAAGGAAGCAGCCAUCUUGUACGGAAUCAUUGAUGAGGACAAUGGGGAUGUAGCUUGCACCGCGUAUGACGACAACGCUCUGACCGCAAUUAACAAUUUCUAUGAAGGCAACAAUGACACUUCUAAAUUUUGUCAGGAGGGUUUCCCUGAUUGCCAGUGCAAGCAUCCUUAUCGACCAACCAAGCCAACGGACCAUGGUCCUCAGUGGACAGAAAUUCAAACGAUGAAUCUGGCGCAAGUCCAAAUGUACAGCCAACACAAACAAGCGGAUGUGGCAUUGCUCGGAGAUAGCAUUAUUGAGCACUUUACUGGUCUGGAUUUGGGUUACUCGGGUGGUGUUUGGAAAGCCAACAAGCGUGCUUUUGACAGGAUUUUUAACCGAAAGAAUGGUGGCAAGGUCAACGGUGUCGCUCUCGGUGUAGGAGGUGAUCGAAUUGCAAACCUCCUGUUCCGUCUCCAGAAUGGUGAAGCACCGGCAGAAUUCCACCCCAAAAUCUGGUGGAUCUUGAUUGGCACCAACGAUUUGGAAGACAAGUGCAAUGCCGAUACCAUUGUCGUGGGACAGUUUCGUCUGGUGGAUGAAAUCCGCAAGUUUCAUCCUGGAGCUACGAUUGUAUUCAACUCCAUUCUCCCUCGCAAUGAAAACCCCAAUGAUCUGUUUGCGUCUCCUACCUGGCCCAUUAUCCAGGAAAUCAAUCUCAAGCUGGAAUGUUACGCCAAUACGGCCAAGGGCGUCGAAUUCUUUAAUGCCACGGAUGUUUUUACGGCUCAUAGCAAGGGCAAGGUCGUGGUCAACAGGCACUUUAUGCAAGAUGCCGUGCACCCCAAUGCAGAAGGUACUCGCCUUUGGGGUGAUGCCAUUGCGGACAAAGUGAUCGAGUUGAAGCAAAAGAAGAAGAGGCACCACAAAAACAACAACAAUCAUCAUGAGAAAACUGGCGGUGCCAAUCACACACCAAAGAAGAACAAGGACAAGUCUGGUUAAAUGACGAGCAACUAGCAAUCAAAGGUUUCUGUAGACAGUACUUAGCACUGUACUACUUGUUAGAAUCACCUUUUAAUACUAAAAAGAAGAUCAUUUUUAGA